AUGCAGAACGACGCUGGUGAAUUCGUAGACUUGUAUUGCCCGAGGAAAUGCUCGGCCAGCAACCGUCUGAUCCACGCUAAGGACCACGCGUCCGUACAGCUUGUGAUCGCCGACGUGGAUCCCGCCACGGGCCGCGCCGCAGACUCCAGCAAAAUGUAUGUGAUCUGCGGAGCCAUCAGACGUAUGGGUGAAUCAGACGAUUGCAUCGUCAGACUCACUAAAAAAGAUGGCAUCUUAACUAAAAACUAC